UAUUGGGAGAAGACGAAUCUUAAGGCAGGGGAAGGCGAAAAAGGAGGAUUCAAUUCAAAGGUUCUUCUUUUUCUUCUUGUUCUCUCUCAUUAAUUGCAUUGUGAAAUUUCAGAUUAGGAAGAACAAGGGAUUGAUUACUGUUUGAGGGUUACUGUCACUUGGGGAUUGAUUCUUAAGGGCGCCCCAGUUUCCGUGUUUCGGAGCUUCCGCGGCCGAGACAGGACUACUGAGGCCUCCUUUGAUUUGAUGAUCCACUUUCAACAACAUUCAUGGUUUCCAGAGAGAUGACAAGGUAAAUCGUUUAUGAUUUCUGGGGUUUCGGCUUUAUCGUUCGGUGCCCCUUUUCCAUGAAUUUUGCCCCUUGAUUGAUUUGUUGGAGACUGGCUGCUUACAAAGGAAGAAACUUAAUUUGAUUGUUCAUCUGGGUUGAAUCUUAAUUUGGGGAAUGAAUCUUUUGUUAACAACACUGAGACUUGUUCCCCUACCACCUGUUCGACAUUAUGCCCAUGUGGAUCUUUGAUUACUCGCCCCCAUUUCUCAAUCUCUGUUUUGUACUUGAUUAACUUUUGUAGUGAUUCAGUUUUGAUUGAUUUCAAUGAUCUGGAGAUUGUGAUUCUAGUUUUGAUUGAUUGCAAUCUCACCAAAUUCAUCAUCACCCUACUUUAAAACAUCCAAGCAAACAACUUCUGCUAGCAAAAUGUCUUCUUCUUCUCCACCACCAACCCCUUCUUCAAUCUCUCCUGUUGAAUCACCACCACCACCACCAUCUUCGACAGUUCCAACUUCUCCACCUCCAACAUCAUCAGAUCCACCUACAACUUCACCACCUCCUCCAAUUCCCUCAUCCCCGCCACCCUCUAGUUCAUCGCCUCCCCCGCCUGUAUCAAGUCCACCGCCAAGAGAAUCUCCACCACCACCACCACCAACAUUGCCAAAUUCUCCUCCUCCAUCAACUCCCACACCACCAGCAUUUUCUCCUCCACCACCACCACCACUACCAGUGAAAAACUCUCCUCCUCCAUCAAACCCCUCACCACCACCACCAGCAAGUUCUCCACCACCACCAUUGCAAAACUCUCCUCCUCCAUCAAAUCCCUCACCACCAACACGUUCUCCACCACCUACAUCAGAACUUUCUCCACCACCUCCAUUGGCACUUUCACCGCCACCUCCAUUGGCACUUUCACCGCCACCUCUAUCACCAGAGACUCCAAGUAAUGAUCCCUCACCUCCUCCCCCGUCUCCACUUGAAUUUUCACCUCCCCCAUUAACACCAAAUCCACUGGAACCAUCUUCUCCGCCUUCACCUCCCACUACUACACCCCCAUCUCCUGUAUCUACUCCUCCAACUUCCCUCCCAUUUCCACCUCCUCCUCAAGUUCUUUCCCCGCCUUUUGGUAGCCCAGCGGGCAAUAAAUCAGGUGAUGCUAAUUCAAGCAGCAAUGCUGGCCUUGGUACUGGUGGUAUAGUGGCUAUUAGUGUGGUUCUGGGUUUUUUUCUGAUUGGAAUAGCUGCCUUUUGCAUUACUAAGAGAAAGAGAAAGAGAAAGAGAAAGAAUCCCCAUUAUAAUGAAGGCUAUAUCAUGCCAACUUCUUUGGGUUCCUCUCCUGAAUCAGAUUCAGCUCUGUUAAAGAAACAAAAUAUGUCAUCCCAUGCUAGAAGUGGUUCUAAUAGUGGAUUAGGAAACUCAAGGACAUGGUUCAGCUAUGAAGAAUUGGCACGUGCUACAGAAGGGUUUACUCAAGUGAAUCUCUUAGGAGAAGGUGGGUUUGGCUCUGUGUAUAAAGGUUAUUUACCAGAUGGAAGAGAAAUAGCGGUAAAGCAGCUAAAGAUAGGUGGUGGACAGGGAGAACGAGAAUUUAAAGCCGAGGUUGAUAUUAUUAGUCGGAUACACCAUAGGCAUUUGGUAUCUCUGGUAGGCUAUUGUAUAUCUGAUGAAAGAAUGCUGCUUGUCUAUGAAUUUGUCCCUAAUAAUACCCUCUACUUCCAUCUUCAUGGCCAAGGUAGUUCGGUGUUGGACUGGGCAACACGCAUGAAAAUUGCUGUUGGUGCUGCUAAAGGAAUUGCUUAUCUCCAUGAAGACUGUCAUCCUCGGGUUAUUCACAGGGACAUUAAGACUUCAAAUAUUCUUCUAGAUUACAAUUUUGAAGCCCGGGUUUCUGAUUUCGGGCUUGCUAAAUUAACAUUGGAUUCUUCUACACAUGUUACCACUCGUGUUGUUGGGACAUUUGGGUACAUGGCUCCUGAAUAUGCAUCUAGUGGUCGGUUGACAGACAAGUCGGAUGUAUACUCGUUUGGAGUUGUCCUUCUUGAGCUGAUUACAGGUCGCAAGCCUGUCGACACAUCUCAACCUUUGGGAGAUGAGAGUCUUGUUGAAUGGGCGCGUCCUUUCCUUGGCCAUGCUCUUGAAACACAAGAAUUUGAUGGGUUGGUUGAUCCCAAGCUCGGAAAUAACUAUGUCGCCAGUGAGAUGUUGCGUAUGGUUGAGGCAGCUGCAUCUUGCAUUCGACAUCUAGCUGUAAAAAGACCAUUGAUGGGACAGAUUGUUAGAGCUCUUGAUAGUUUGGUCUCACCUGAUCUAAAUAACGGAAUGGGGUUGGGUCAAAGUGAAAUAUACAAUUCAGCUGAACAAUCUGAACAGAUUAGAGUAUUCAGGAAAAUGGCAUUUGGGAACCAGAACUAUAACACCAACGAUUUUUUAAGUAGCAGUAACUGGGAUAGCUCAGGCGAAGCCAUGCCAAAUAACCCGUAAUGGGUGAUAGCCAGAAAAUCCAAUUUUCUUCUUGUAAAUGAAAAAUAUGCCCCGAGAAGAAGAAAGCGUCGACAGAUGUAGAGAAUGAGAGAAAUGGAACUGCAGUUCCUUGAUUGAUUGUAAGUAUACUGAUUCAUUGCAGCACCAUAGUAUAUUGUUCAAUGGCAGCAAAUUUUGGGUUCUGUUUGUAAAGAUUACCUGUCUUUAAUUGACAUAAAAAAAAUAUACUUUUAAUAUUUGUCCCU